CGGGAGCGACCCUCGGGACUCUCCGAACGACGGCUCGCCCGGCUGUGACACAUUCGACAAGCGUCUCUGUAACGGGAAGCAACGCGCGGCUAGGGACUUGCUAAAUACAGAAAACUGCCUGGCGUGUCUGUUGCACCGCAGGCCCUCGCCCUAUAUACAUCACAUAUUUAUAUCCAUUGGGACGAGUACGACGCCCCGCGCUACCUUCUUGCACCAAUUCUCGGUGUAGAUAAAGUGGUACGGCCAUCGAGUGGUUUUUCCGGCAUUUGCGGACUAUACGACUGCCGCGCGAGGCACUUUGGAGCACGAGGGCCAAAAGAGAUUAUAUCGGGUCGCGCGGUUAUAGUUUCGGUCGCACGUGCGCGCUCGGCUGUUGACAAGUGUUUUUUUUUGUUACUGUUGUGUGGUUGUUGUUGUUGUUACUGCUGUUAUGUUGUUGUUGAUGUUGUUGUUGUUGUUGGUCAACCGGUAUACGUAAAUAACAAUUGUACAUAUAUAAAUAUACGGUGAGUUGGGUGUCCAUCACGAGAAGUGCAAUCAACAAUAGUAACAAACAAUUGGUGGUGAUCGGAAUUGGCCAAAUUGGCAUGGUGCAGGGGCUUCGCGACAGCUCAGCGGCCCCUUAACGGCCGCGGCUGCUUGACCGAGCAGCAGCCCGACCAUCGUCAGGAGGAGAGCGGCGGUGGUAUCGACCCGACGACGCGUGACGACCGUCACGCCUACGGCCUCACCACGCGGUCCGACGAGUGGAACAAUCUCCUGCCCAGCUCCACGAUCGUGGGGGCUGGGGGCUCGCCAUGGAUGGGCCUUGGGGCAGCCGUGGCAGCUGGGGCGAGUGCGGGGGGUGCGGCCGGAGCCGGGAGUCCGGUCGAGUUGGAGGGCCACUGGAGCAGGAAGCUCUACGGGGCGAGCGUCGCGCCACCACCGCCCCCACCACAUCACCAUCCACGGGGACCCCUCGUUUUCGCGCCCCAGGACAUGCGGCAAAUACUCAAGGAGGAGCCCAUGCCCAGGGCCUGGUCUCAGCCCUCCAUCACCGACGAUGGAUCUGCUGUGGUCGGCCGAGCCCACUUUGAAAAGCAGCCGCCCAGUAACCUGAGGAAGAGCAACUUCUUCCACUUCGUGAUCGCCCUGUACGACCGGGCGGGCCAACCGAUCGAGAUCGAGAGAACGGCCUUUGUCGGAUUCGUCGAAAAGGAGCACGAGUCGGCAGGACAAAAAACGAACAAUGGGAUAAAGUAUCGGCUCAUGCUGCUCUACGCGAAUGGUGUAAGGGCGGAACAAGAAAUCUUCGUUCGACUGAUCGACUCUGUAACGAAACAGGCGAUCAUGUACGAGGGCCAGGACAAGAAUCCAGAGAUGUGCCGCGUCCUGCUGACACACGAAGUCAUGUGCAGCCGAUGCUGCGACAAAAAGAGCUGCGGCAACAGGAACGAGACGCCCAGCGACCCAGUCAUCAUCGAUCGGUUCUUCUUAAAAUUCUUCCUCAAGUGCAACCAAAACUGCCUGAAGAACGCCGGCAACCCGAGGGACAUGAGACGCUUCCAGGUGGUCAUAUCGACCCAAGUGUGCGUAGACGGCCUACUCCUGGCGGUGUCGGACAACAUGUUCGUGCACAACAACAGCAAACAUGGCCGCAGAGCGAAACGGAUAGACCCGAGCGACCCGAGCGACUACAACGGUCUGUAUCCGCCCCUGCAAAUGGCGACGCCCUGCAUAAAGGCGCUAUCGCCGAGCGAGGGUUGGCUCAGCGGAGGGUCGACGGUCAUAAUCAUCGGUGAUAACUUCUUCGAUGGACUCCAAGUUGUCUUUGGCUCCAUACUGGUGUGGGGUGAGCUGAUAACGCCACACGCCAUAAGGGUACAGUCGCCGCCGCAGCGCAGUCCCGGUGUCGUCGAGGUGCUGCUGUCGUACAAGGGCAAGCAGUUCUGCAAGGGCUCGCCGGGCAGAUUCGUCUACGUUUCGACGAACGAGCCGACGAUUGCCUACGGCUUCGAAAGGCUGCAGAAGCUGAUACCCCGACACCCAGGAGACCCGGAUAAGCUCUCCAAGGAGAUAAUCCUGAAACGAGCGGCCGAUCUCGCCGAGGCCCUGUACAACGUGCCCCGCGCCAACCCAUCGGCACCCCGAAGCCCGGGCUCCAGUCAUGGGUCUCAGCAACAGCAGCAACAACAGCCUCCCACCACGGGCACAUCCGCGGGCACGGGCUUCAACUCGUACACCGGCCAGCUGGCGGUCACGGUCCAAGAGAACGGCUCCUCCGCAAAGUGGACCGACGACGGAGCUUCCGUGACGACGGGCGCUGGAAGCGGGGCGAGCGCGAGCAGCGGGGGCACAGCGAGCACCAACGGCUCGGCUGGUGGUGGAGCCGGCGGUAGCAGCGGGCCCGGUAGCGCUGACGCCUAUCGCCAGAGCAGUAGCGCCAGUCCCCGGGGGGUGGUCUCGAGCGCCGCCAGCAACGGCAACGGGAGCGGAUACUGCGGGAGCUCGGCCAGCACGCCCCACAGCCACAGCACCACCGGCAGCUACUCCGUGGCUAAUCCCUACGCCGGCAGUCCCACGCUGUACACCUCGCGGCUAGGUGACGUCGUUGGCUCGCCGUUCAACAUGAACCCGUUCAUGCUGCCGACCUGCAGCCAAGGCUAUCACUCCGCGGCCAACAGCCCGCUGCUUUCAUCCUCGAGCGGCAAGUAGAGCCGUCGCUCGCAUGAUAAGCUCAAAAAGGGCUUUGCUUGUUGUUGUUAUUGUUGUUGUCUCUCACUCGAGACGCGUCAGAGUGAGGGGCAAACUUUAUCUGUACAGAAUAUGAACGCACGACCAGAUGAGAGCCCGUUUCGCGGUUUUUUCUUUGCGCUUACCUAUACUCGAGGGUCGAGUGCUGUUUACGAGAAAGUUGAAAAACUUUUUUUUUUUCGUGACUUAAUUUUCUUUUUUAUAUUUAUAUCAACGCGUUUAAUUAUUUUAUCUAGUGGGGAUUUUUUUUUUUUUAAUUAACUCAUGAAACGUCAUUUGCUUCAAUGGAUUUUAUUUACGAACGAAUAUAUGCGUAUACCUAAACGAGUGUUGUUGUGGAUGAAUUUACAAACUCUGUAACGCGGUAUGAGAACACGAGCAUAUAAGAAACUAUUGUUAUUGUAUUUAACCCAGACAAAUGUAACAGUAACGCAAACGUGACGCAAAUGCAAGUCCGAUGAUAAAUAAAGUACGCGAGAGUUUGACAUGAGGCAGAUUCAAGUACUGUAGCGUAUAGUAGAAAAAUUUAUACAUAUCCAGUGUGUAUCGAGAAAAGGUCAGGAUGAACUUUCGUCGGAUUAUUUCGUUUUCAUUGUGCAGCGGCAUAAGUAUCGACAUCGUAGUAUUCCAAUUGAAAAAUAACGUAACACCGCGACGUUUCAUACAAUAAAUUACUCGUUUUUUCGGAAAUACAGGGAAACAAAAAAAAAGUAAAAAAACUCCAGUCUUUCUUGACAGUGCUACGAUAAAGGUUACAUGAAUUUUUCAUGGACGAUGCUUUUUUUUUUUAGACGAGGCAAGUACCUUUUUUUUAUUUGAAUUCAAAAGCACUGGACUCGUGUGACAACGAGAACAAUAUCGAAUGGUAUAUUUACGAGAUUAAGGGGACGGGGGAGGCCUUGAAUGUUUCACGAGGAAGGGGAAUUUCGCGAACUCUGGAGAGCAGCUAAAGACGGACGUAUCACUCACCAAUGAGUAACUUCAAAAAAUCGCUUGUAAACGGCAAAGACGUGAACGUCUCCUCCUCCCCACUUUUUGGCCUCGUAUGAAAAGUAAAAAAAAAAAAAAACAAAGUGCGUCUGACACUAAGUAUCGAUAAUUUUGUAGUGAGUUACGAUGAAUGCGUUCGUAUAAUAAUAUAUACAUGUUACGAAGAAACAGUAAAAAAAUAGACUGUAACGUUGUACAUUACAUUUGUAAAUAUUGUUGCGAUGUACAAAAAAAGGCAUGUGAAAGUACGAUCGAGACGAGACCCGAGUGUCCGUUGCGCAGUGGAGAGAGAGAAAAAAAAAUUUUUAAGCGAAAUAACAAAGUAAUCAUGAAUUAUCUAUACAUAGAUGUACAUAAUCCUAGAAUCGUAACAUUAAGCUUAUCUUUUAUGUAAGGGACUCUGCGUGCUUCGCGGUGCUUUUUUUCUAUGUUCGUUCUUCCUUUUGAUAGUCGAAAACUUUCCGUAUUAAAGUACGUCGGAAAAUUCAGGAUGUCUGGAUUUUCAAGGAAUUUAUAAAUAAAAAAAAAAAAAAAAAAAACAAAAAAAAAAUGUUCAAUCGACGGGUGAUAGUUUAAAUUCGUAAGUUUUAGCGAGAGCAUGUUGCGAUCUACGCAGGGUCUCGAAUAAUGUAUGAUAAAUAAAAAUAAAAAAAUAAAUCGUACGUAUCAAAUCGGAUUGUUUGAUAAAUCGGUCCAAACUUGCACAGAACUUAUGAAAGUAUACGAAAGAGGAACAAAGAAAAAAAAAAAAAAUACAAGUACGGAGUCACACUGUAGGUAUUCGAAUUCAUAUUUUUAUUUUUUCUAGCCUAGGAAGUACCGAGAAAAUUAGUCGCCCAUUUAAUGCUACCAAUGUAACCAAUAGACGUGUAAAGUAAGCAAAAACGCAGUGGAGAUUGUAUUAUUUGUUCGUUUACAGUCUGUAGAAAAGGAGACGGAAACCCCGAUUUCUUUCGUUAAGUUUUCUCGAUUCAAAGUUGUUUUUCUUUUUGUUCCUCGUGAAUCUUUAUUUACCCCCUAAUCCACGCACAAAGCCGUUACGAAUAUAAGUCCAUUUUUUGGAACACGAAAAUGAUAA